AAUUCCACUGGGCAGCAGCAAGUCCCAUCCCCAUCAUCAUCUCUUCCUACACAUCAUACAGCAGCAUCAUGACCGCCAGCACAGCCGCAGUAUUCCUCCAGAAGACGUACGAUCUCAUCCAGUCGACGCCGUCUGACGUCGCAGAAUGGUCCAACGAAGGCCGAUCGUUCGUGAUCAAGAAGAUCAAGGAGUUUGAAACGAACGUCCUGCCCAAGUACUUCAAACACGGCAACUUUGCCAGCUUCUCCCGGCAACUGCGCUUCUACGGCUUUGACAAGACCAAAAAACACGACAUCCGCAUUGUCCAAGACGGCUCGAACGGUGACUCGUGCCAAGGGUGGUGGGAGUUUGCGAACCCCAACUUUCAGCGCGAUUGCCCUGAGCGUAUGGUUCAUAUCCGGCGCAAGACGUACUCGGAACCGAACGCGGCAUCCUCCCCCUCCUCUACCACGUCCGAAUCGUCGUCGGAAGUGUUGCACCUGAAACGCAAGAUGUCGAGCCUGCAGACUCAGUUGUCGGCGUUGACAAACCAGAUCUCAGCACUCACCUCGGUCGUCCAUUCGUAUUGCCAGCCCGAGGCCGAUGAUGCCGACGCGUCCACGUGUGCCAAGAAGUUGAAGGGAUCGUCAUCCCCCAUCUCCAAGUGGACCGACGACGACGCGGUCACGUUUGCGGCGUCGGACGACGAGAUCGAUUCCGGCAUCCUUGAUGCGCUUCUUGAGUUCCCCGCCAUGGCCACGCCGCUGAUUGCGUUUGAGCUGUAGAUGACGACGCCACCGACGACGAAAACCAGAUUCGAUCAACGUGGCGGGGUAUAUGCUAGAUAUCCCGCCCGACUGUUGCUGUUUGAGCGGCUUACCUUUCCCAAGACUAAGCCCAAACCCAGUCGUAAUCUAAUCCCAAUCUCCGUCCUAUUUGA